CUCACUCUGGCUCCGCGCACACUUUUUACGGUUCUCUGCGUUAGUUUAUUGAUCCGCACCCACCUACCCAAGUUGUUCACUUUGAGUGCUUUUAAAAUGUCCCAGAGUUUUGUGCCAGUGCCGGCGGGAAGUGAUUUUCCCCUGGAAAAUCUGCCCUAUGCUGUCUUCUCAACUGAAAACAAUAAAGUUCACCGUCUUUGUGUGGCCAUUGGUGAGCAUGUCCUGGACCUGAAAGCAGUCGCGCAGCUGUACCCUUUCCAAGUUCAGAAAAGUCUGCAGGCGGAAACUUUGAAUGAGCUUAUGGGAUUGGACUUUGAAGCUUGGGAUGUGGUGAGGACACAGACUCAGAAGCUUUUGGUCCAGGGUUCCGAAUUGGAUCAGAAUGUGGACUUGAAGGCGGUUGCCAUUGUACCUCAGACGGAGAUUAAACUGCAUUUGCCUGCUCAGAUUGGUGACUAUACCGACUUUUACUCAUCCAUCCAUCAUGCCACCAAUGUGGGCAUCAUGUUCCGAGGACCGGACAAUGCCCUCAUGCCCAACUGGCGUCAUCUGCCGGUGGGUUAUCAUGGUCGUGCUAGCUCCGUGGUGGUCUCCGGAACUCCCAUCCGUCGUCCACUGGGACAAACUCUGCCCGAGGGAGCGGAGAAGCCAGUCUUUGGAGCCUGCAGACUGCUGGACUUUGAGUUGGAGAUGGCCUUCUUUAUCGGAGGUAAAGGCAAUCAGUUGGGAGAACCCAUUCGCGUCGAUGAGGCCUGGAAGAAUGUUUUUGGAUUUACAUUGAUGAACGAUUGGAGUGCCAGGGACAUCCAGAAGUGGGAGUAUGUUCCGUUGGGUCCAUUCACAGCCAAGAAUCUGGGAACCACCAUCUCUCCCUGGGUGGUGCCUACAGCUGCCCUGAAACCUUUCCUACUGGACAACUUCCCCCAGGAUCCCGAGGUUCUGCCCUAUCUGCGCCAGAGCAUUCCAUUCAACUUUGAUAUCAACCUGGAGGUUUCUUUGAAGCCUUCCGACCAGAACGAAUCGCUCAUCUCGAAGUCCAACUUCAAGCAUCUUUACUGGACGCCACUGCAGCAAAUCGCUCAUCAUACGGUCACCGGUUGCAAUCUGCGUCCAGGUGAUCUGAUGGCAUCGGGAACAAUCUCCGGCGAGACUCCAGACUCUUAUGGAUCACUUCUAGAGCUCUGCUGGAAGGGCACCAAGACUGUGGAGCUUCCGGGUGGCAAGACGAGGAAGUUCCUCCAGGACUUCGACGAGGUCAUCAUCCGGGGUCAUUGCGAGAAGAACGGACUGCGAAUUGGAUUUGGGGAGUGCGUUGGACAAGUGAUACCCGCCCAUCCUGUGCCGGAGUAGGUUUUUUGUAUAAUGAGUCUCCUUGAAUAAAGAAAUUUUAAAGCA